GUUUAUUUUUAGCCGUAUGGCGCGAAGUCUUGUUUUGUUGUGGUGUUCUCGUGUUGUACUGCGACACACUGGCGGACAAACAGUUUAUACCUGUAGACCUUCCACAUUAUUUAGAAAAAGAAUAACCACAAUGCCUGGUCAGAUGAAAAUUUCAUCAUUCUUUUCAAGUCCAUUGACAACAAAAUCGGAUAACAAAGUCGAAACUAAAGCAAGUUCUGAGGAGCCUGUGAAGAAGAAAGCAAAAGUUUCAGAAGUUACUGAUGAGGAAACGCUCCCCUCAAAACAGCCGUCAUCUCCUUCAACACCAUCGUCAUCUCCUUCAACACUGACAACACCAUCGUCACUUUCUGAGGAAGAAAAAGGAAAUCUUGAAAAAAACAAAUUGAAAGCAAAGCUCAAACUUCUUGGAACAAAAACAUGUGGACAAAUAGUGAAUGUGGGGCCGACGUGGUUCAGAGCUCUAGAGGCAGAGUUUGGCAAAGAGUACCUCGUGGAGCUGAGCAAGUUUGUGGCUGGUGAGAGGAAAAAGAGUGCUGUGUACCCACCCACUGAGCAAGUGUUUACAUGGACUACGGCAUGCAGCAUACAGUCUGUCAAAGUUGUCAUCAUUGGUCAAGAUCCUUACCACGGUCCAGGUCAAGCACACGGGCUGUGCUUCAGUGUCCUACCUGGCAUCAAGCCCCCUCCCAGCCUGGAGAACAUGUUCAAAGAACUGACAGCGACCGUGGACGGCUUUAAGCAUCCUGGUCAUGGCAAUCUGACAGGCUGGGCUGCUCAAGGAGUCCUGUUACUCAACGCCUGUCUGACAGUGCGGGGCGGAGCGGCCAACUCCCACGCCGGGAAAGGUUGGGAGAAACUGACAGACGCUGUGAUUCACUGGCUCAACUCGCACUCCUCAGGGACUGUCUUCUUGUUGUGGGGGGCGUACGCUCAGAAGAAAGGACAGUUUAUCAACAAGAAAAAACACCAUGUCUUGACGUCUGUCCACCCGUCCCCUCUGUCAGCUCACCGUGGCUUCUUCGGGUGUAACCAUUUUUCUCGCUGUAACGAGCUGCUGAAGGCUGAUGGAAAGACACCGAUUGACUGGACAAACUUACCUUCCCAAGUCUGAUUACCUAUUCCUGUGCACCGGUUUGACAGUGUAAUUUUCUUACCUUGUGUCAGGAAGAAAAGGUCAAGUUAUAUUUUCUUUGGUACUGAAAUCAUUGUCGAGGUGCAUUUGCGGCUUCAUUAAAAUCAGGAGUCUGCGUGCAUGGUAAAUUUAUUACUCUAGUUAGCUCCACUAAUCACUCUGUUUUAUAAUCCUCAAGUGCAAAGUAUUUCUGUAUGAAAACCUCAAUGAUUUUAGAUGUAUAUAAAAUACAUGCUUUUAUUUUACAAUGGGAAGAGAAAAUUGAGAUGAAAAUCCACGCUCUGUCAAAAUCAAAUUGCAUUUGAAUUGUUCUGCCAGGUUUCUAAUAGCUGUAACCUGAAGCACUGCUAGCUAACUUUUGGGUCUUCUUCAAAUCCAAACUCUUUUAGCCUGCUGAUAAAUUUUCCAGAAAGGAGUUUCACAGUUUGAGCAUAUAACACCCAGUGCUUUCAAUCUUCCCUAGUUUUACAGAAAUCUUUUCAAUCUGAAUUUUAAAAAAAGGCAAAACCUGGUGAAAAAGUUGGAACUAUGGGUUUUUGGUAAUUUGUAAUCUCUUCAAACUUGCUCCCAAAUGCCAUUUUCAACAUUCCGGAAGCAAGCACAAAAUUUACUUUCCUCUGGGGGGGGGGGGGUUCUGCCUUUUGCACCCCCCCCCCCCCCCCAAUCCAGGACAAUAUCCUUGAACUUUGACCCCCAAGCAUAGAAUUUGUCUUACUUUUGUGUUUUGUCCAAUGGAAGCACUGACGCUGUCGAUAUGUGAUCACUGGCUCAGGGACUUUUUUAAGAAAACAAAUUGGUGCAAAAUUUGUACAACUGACCUGCUUAGUACUCUGAUCAAAUAGGAUUGAGGAACCUCAAUCAGAUUUUCAUGAAAUCCUGGGGGUUCUUUGUUCUUUAAAUCCUUUUUCAACAAGAAUUCAUGACUUUUCAUAAAUGAUGGGAAAAUACACAUUUUUGAUUGUGUUUGUUUGCAAUAUUAUUUGCGCAACUUAUCAUUAACAACGUAAAAAUACACUUUUAUAGUUGUAUGAUGCAAAAAUGAACAUGUAUUAUAUUUGCCACUCUUGGUUUGUUAUGUAAUCUUAAUCUACUGGGGUUCUCGAGACCAUGGAUUUUUUUCCCCCAAAACUUGUAUUUUUGGGGAGGAUGUAGAGGAAAACUGCUAUUUUUGGUCACGGGGUGGUUAGCAAGUCUGACGUGAUAUAGAACAUUUUAUGUAGAUGGACUUUGUGCUGAUAUGCAGUGGAGUCUGCUUAAACCAUAAUCUGCGAAACUGCCAAUUUUUGUGGGGUUUAGCUGAGUUUUUCUAAUUAGAGAAAUUAGUGUAUGAAAAACUUCGACCCGUUUUGUUUUGUAAAUAAGGAUUUUGCUCUGAUAGUUUAUGUUGCAUAAAUUUGUCUUUUGUUGAAAACAUCAUUACUUGUGGGGCAUCAUGGGUUUAUGUUGCAUGAAUUUAUUUGUCUUUUGUUGAAAACAUCAUUACUUCUGGGGCAUCAUGGUGAAAUCAGGCGCUAGUCAAAUCAAUAAAAUCUAAGAAAACGGCAAAUAUUGCUCCGGCAAUUAUUUUAUAAAAUAGCCUGUACGUAAACUUAAAAAAAUUUAGAACACAUUUCUGUGUUAAUUUAAAAAAACCCUGAAAAACAUUGAUCAAAGGCAAAAACAAUUUUCAGUUUCCAAAGACUCAAGUUUUGGUAGUUACCAAAUUUGUUGGCCUUUUUCUUGCUAAUUUUACUUCUGACACCAGGAGACCCCCAUUUUCAAUCGCAAAUGUAUGGACUUUUAUUCCAGAGAGAUGGUUAUGAGGGUAUUUCUUUCACUUUCAUCAAAAGUAAAGCAAGUGAACAAGCUUGAAAACGAUACCAAUUAUAACUCUAUAUAUAGGUAUGCCAGAAAAUUGACGAACGCUUGAUUCCGCUGUGUCUAAUUAAUACAUGGGAGAGAUGAUACUGGCUUGAUUGGAGGGAGAAGAUAUUCUUUCAAUCUUUUCAAAUAUUUUGUACAAAUUCAGUAAAAAUCAGUAUAUUUUUCGACAAAAACAAUCAAUAAAGUAUAUUUAAGAAGCUUAUA